CCGGUUUAUUGGCGUAAAAUGCAGAGGUGUGUGUGGAUCAGGGUCUGACUUUCUUCACGCCCCUCACACUCACUCACUCUGAAGCUUCACUUUGACCUGACCAGACUGGCGCACACUCACAGAUUUCUGACGCACAACCAUGCAAACCGAACCACGGAACUCUCUUGGAAAAGUUAACUUUACGCACGGAGCGCGCGGCGUGGGCACUCAACUGUAGGAGUGACAGCAACUGUGCGCCCAUGGAUCAGGCUACAAGUGUUCGCUUGUCUUCAUCCAUGUGAAAGUCAUUUGAGGAGUCAGGAGGAGACAUGAACGGCCUCGCUGCUGCGGUGCCAGAGGAGAUCCGUUAGUCUGUUGGAUUUACCAGAGCUCACAAGUCUUUACACCUGGAAUCUACACAGCACUUUUAUUUUUCCUCACAAUUUACUGCGUGUUUCGAAACUACUCUUGGAUCAUACUCCGCGCUUCAAAACUUUUUUGGAGGCUUUGGAUCCGAAUUACGCGCGACAUUGCUCCAACAAAUGACUCCUAAGUGCUUUGCAGCUUCCCCACUUCACCACCUCAGCUCCCUUCACCGUACAAAUCAACCCUUUCACCGCCUUCACCGGGUCAGACGCGGGGAGUGAAGAUCCACCUGGUCGAGGAUGCGUGGAGGAGGAGGAUUACCGAGGACUGUCGCCGUGAUAAUGACACUCCUUCUGGUCGUGAUGGACGUGGACGCGAGCGGGGAGUAUUGUCACGGCUGGCAAGACCCGCAGGGAGUGUGGAAAGAAGGGUUCCAGUGUCCGGAGAAGAUUGACGCGGACGACGCGAUCAUCUGCUGCGGGAAAUGCGAGCUGCGCUACUGCUGCUCCAGCAGUGACGCGCGGCUGGAUCAGGGAAGCUGCGUCAACGACCGACAGGCGCAGGAGCCCGGGACAGAGGGCAAAGACAACAAGGACACUGGUGCAGUGCCCAUCUAUGUGCCGUUCCUGAUCGUGGGCUCUGUGUUUGUCGCUUUCGUUUUGGUCGGGUCCGUGGUCGCCGUGUGUUGCUGCCGCUGCCUCCGGCCCAAACACGAACUCUCAACCGGCGGUGCGACAGGAGGCGGGGCCGGCAGCGGACGCCUCCUCGAGACCAUACCCAUGAUGGCCAACACGUCCAGAGGCUCCUCGUCCCGUCAGUCCAGCACAGCCACCUCAUCCAGCUCCUCCGCCCCGCCCGCCGCACCUCGCCCUGCUCCCCCUCAGCUCAUGCGGGCUCAGGCCUCCUGCUGCCUGCCGCCCGACGCCAGCGUCUUCGUCAACAUGCCCACCAACUUCUCUGUACUCAACUGCCAGCAGGCCACGCAGAUCAUGCCACACCAGGGACAGUUCCUGCACCCGCAGUACAUCGGCUACGCCCACCCCGUUUCCCCCGCCGCGGCCUACCUGGACCCGACCCAGGUGGGAUACAGGCCCAUGCAGUCCCCGUGCCCUCCUCCCACCGGAGGGUCGAGUGUCAUUGGUGACCAGAAAUACCCUCCAGUGACAGUGUGACAAGGGGGCCGACACACGGACCACUCCGCCUACCUUUUGUUGUGAAGUUUAACCUGUGAGGGCCGCGCGCCAGAGACCCUUUUCUGCCAGAGUGGAAAAAGAAAGGCGGGGGGAGGGAGAGAGGGAGGGAGGGGGGGAGUCAAACUCACAUGAAGGACUCAUAAAGCCAUUUGCUGGCAGCAGGGCCUGCCUUACUUAUUGUGUGUGGUGUGUCUGUUGAGUGUGUCACGUAUGACCUCAUGCCGAGCCGGAGUGAGCUCAGCUCAGCGUCCACGAUGGAGGUCUCGACGUGCACGUAAACAAGUUUCUGUCUCGAUGCAAACAUUGGGCUGCAUAUCGGAGAGUGACACUGUCCAGAUGGGUGAUAAAUACGCGGCCAAACGAACAGCCCCGAAGCUCAACAGCAAAAAAAAAUAAAAGAAAGGAAAGAAGAGUGAGCAUGUGUUUGUGUUUUGCAUGUAUGUGUGUGUGUGUGUGUGUGUGUGUCGGAGAGUUGGGGGAAAGGGCUUUGUUGGCUUGCGUGUGCUUGAAUGAAUGAUAUACGGAUGAUUUAUCGCGGCGGAUUUGUAUGAAAAGUGGUGAUUGAAGCAAAAUGACGUGACCACAUGCUGAAUGAAUGUGCACGUGCGAGUGGGUUUAAACAACGCGGUGCAUGUUUGUGUUUAAAGUAUGAGAAAAGAGGCAUGGGAGGCGAUGUUUGUACUGAACAUGUGUGCGUUUGGGAAAAGAGUGUGAAGUGUGGAGGGAUGUGGUCGUAUGAGUGUGUGUGUGUGUGUGUGUGUGUGUGUGUGUGUGUGUGUGUGUGUGUGUGUAAUGGGAAAUGCAGGUGGUGUGAUGUGAACGGCAGUUUGCAAUCUCCCCCAAGACCAUUUAAACUCCAAUGAAGUGAACACAGGACACAGACUGUGACGCUCCACCCUCCGCUACACAACCACGCUCACUCCUGCCACCCAAAAAGAAAAGAAAAACAAAAAAAAAAAAGAAACACAACAGAAACUUUCGGCCCUAGCGGAAACAUAAAAUGAAGUUAAUGUACCUGACCAGUGUGAGAAGACGAAGACGUGCGAGGCGGUCCUCUGAAGAUUAGAGUUAAUUAUACAGUGAAAACUGCCAAAUGCGCCCCCCCCUCCCCCUUCACUUCUCCUCUGUGUGUGUGCGUGUGCAUAUGUGUGUGUGUUUAACACUCCCACAGUUCAGUGUGUUAGCGGGGGGGGGCACAGGCAGCUCCAGGGCAGCUUUGAGUCAUUAUUUUCCACUUAAGAAAAAGGCACAGAAAUGGUGGUUAUUGGUUGUUAAAGAGUAAAACCUGCAUAUUUCAGCACUGGUAACUCACGAGCAGCAGCAGCAACAUGCAACCUGAGACACGUGCUGCUCCUCUGAGAGAGCAGUGUCCCACUACAGUCAUACAAGAGUGUGUGUGUGUGUGUGUGUGUGUGUGUGUGUGUGAGAACCUUGUCUGUACUCCGAGAGAUAUACGAGGCAGCUUUAGUGUGACCGAGCAAAAAGAAAAAUGGUGGAUGAGAUUUUGAUCUUGUGUGUGUGUGUGUGUUUUGUUCCCUCUGUGAAAUACAGUGGUUUGAUGCAGUUGUGACACUUUUGAUAUGCAUUUUGAAAAUUAAAAAAAGAACUUAUUAAACAUUAAAACAUGUGUUUUUCAUCUACA